AGGUGCAUUGAGUUUGGAAGAAGAUCCAUAUCCUAGAAAUGUAUACGAGUCCAACAAAUCAAUCUUGUCUGAGUCUAUUCUUGACAAAGAAUCGUACCAGAUAGGAUGGUUCCUAGUAUACAGGUAUGCUUGUAAGCAGAAACUUUUUAAACUGGAUUCUGAUGAUAUACCUGCAAUUGAGUCAAUAAAAGGUUCAAAGCCCCUUCUACAACGUUUGAAAGCAUCAAAGGGUGUGACAAUGAAAAGAUCCACAGUAAAACCCACUAUGGCAAAAACAGACAAAGAAAAGAAAGAGAUGAAAAGAAAGACUCUGGUGAAGAGAGAACACAAAAUUACAGACUGCUUCAGUUCAGAAAUGAAUACAUGCCAGGCUCUUGUGAAACCAGAUGGAACAAAAGCAUCAAUUCAAAAAUCCUUAGGAAUAAAGCGGGCAUUGUAUAAAACCCUAUCAUACUGCUUUCCCUUUACAGACAGCUCUAAAAUUGAAGACCUACUUGAAAAACAUGGAUACAUUUACAGAGACCUCAAGGAUUUUCCAACUGAAGAAAGGCACACAAUUAGGUAUGCAACAGUCGAAUUUGCAGGAAUAAAAUUCAAAACCAAAGCUUCAACAGGAGAUGAAUACCUGGAAAACAUCAAUAACGUUGUUAUUAAUAGCCUUUUUAAUAACAAACUGUUCCCAAAUUUGCAGCAUAUUGUUAUCUGUGAGGAAAAGUACAGCUUCACUCCAGAUGAUUUCAAAGCAGCCACAAGACAAAAGCGACAGAAGUCAAUGCCAUUCUCAAUAUCCCAUUUGAAAAUAGGAGAUGAAAUCAUGUCAUCUGAAAAGUUAUCAAAGUCUGCAGUUUUAAACACGGAACUUGGAAAAAGGAUGAUAAGUAACUAUCUUGCACGUAACAUCAGCAAGCUAAAAAUAAAACGCAAUCUGACACUGGAUGUGGAUAGUGAAUUGGUUUUAAGUAAGUGUGAAUGUAUGUCAACUGAUGAAGGCUUAUGUCCGCAUAUAAGGUACACUACACCAGUCAGAGCAACUUUUACAAAUGAGGGGUACCAAAAUACCACACUUUUGAAAGAAAUCAAACAAAUGAAAGGUGAAGCAGAAAUGUCGCAAGUAGACUGGCUGAGUAAUAUUAAAGAUGAGUUAAAGGAAGGUGAAUCUGUAGUUAGUAUUGUCACAUCUGCAGAUAUUGAUAGUAUCGUUAUUCAUCUAUUUGCUCUAUCAAUUCACUGGCCACGUACAACAUCAGGAAGUUUCAAAAAUACCGUAUAUGUGAUGCUUCAGAAACCAAAGUCAGAGGUUUUUAACAUUACUUCAAUUAUAGAAGUAUUAGAACAUCGUUUUGUGAAAGGAAUUGGAAGGAACAUAGCCAUUGCAUGUUGUAUUGGAGGAAAUGAUUAUAUUCCCAAAUUUCAUGGAUUUUCCCACGAAAAAUGGAUUACCGCAAUACUAGAUGAAAAUUCUAUCAACAGAUUAGUCACUUUUGAUGUUUCAAAUGAUAAUGUCAUCACUGGAAUUUUGGAUGAGGAGACAUUUCUAGAUACCGUUAAAAGAAUGUACUGUCCAGCUUCAGUGAAUGCUAACUCUGCAACUCUAGAACAAGUCCGCCAGCUCUCUAUUAAAUACCCAGAUAAACCAUUUCGACCACUUGUGUCUUGGAUGCCUCCAAAAAGUGCACUACUUCAAUUUAUUAAAUUAAUCAACUGCCAAAUACAGUAUUUACUGACAGCAUGGAAGCAUGAUGCCGUUUUGCCAAAUUUCAUCGGAUCAGGAUGCUUAAUGAAAGAUUCAGAAGGCAAUAUUCAAUAUAAUUUUGGAUCAGAUAUACGUAUUGGAGCUAGAGAGGACGCACUAACAUUACCUGAAGAUGAUAUAAGGAUACUGUAUUCCAAAAAAGGAAAGAAGAAAAAACGGCAACGCUCAGCUAAUAACACCCCAACAAAAGACAAGAAAGGAAAAAGAAAAGCUGUGAUGUCUACCCCAAUCAAAAUGAAGAACAAACAGGAUGGAGCAAACUAGUCAAGUCUACAAUGUAUCAACCACAAAACUUUAGAAAUUGAACUUUAUUAUUUUUUUGUGAUAUAUAUUGAUGCUUUUUAUGUCUAUAGUCAAAUUACAUUGCCAGGUUUUAUUAAAACAUAUCAAAUUUACUAAAUGAGCAAGUUUAUAAUUUUUAUUCAUAACAUUUCCAAAUUAUCUGCAGAAAUCUUUUUUUUAUUAAUAUGCAAAAAAAAAAAAUUAUAUUUUUUAAUUGAAUUUCGGAUGAAAACAUUGCAAAAAUGUGAAGAAAAAAAAUAGACAACACUUUGUCUAUGAGAAUAUUUUGUAGAUAAGAAUAUACAAUGUAUUUAGUGUAGAUGAUAUGGAAAUUAAAUAAUCUUGACCAGCUAACCAUCUGUGUUUAUUUGAUAAGAUCAGUGGACACCAACUGUGAGAGAAGCACUUAACCUAAUCAUUUAAUUGCUUGUAUAAACAAUCAAUUACAUGGUUUCAAAGCUGAAUAUCAGGAAAAAUCCGGGCUGUUCUAU